GCGUGUUCUGUUCUAUCAAACCAUCUCGCUCCAAGCCGUGAUAUCGCGAACCAAUUUGGCGACCUCGAGGGCUUCAAGCACCGCUUGACUGGUGGGUGGUGGGCCGACGAUGAAGGCGGAUGGAUCCGUGCUGGGACUGGAGUACGGGACUUCAUGCAGACGCGCCCCAUGCUCCAGACACUACUCGGGUGGUCUGAUCCUGAGGGGCUCGCACCAGGCACUAUCAAGCUCGCGCCUCUUCCUGCUGGUUGUCGCCACCGCCCGGAAGUCAACCUCCUCGAGACUGACGCCGCGCAUGCGUUGAAUCUCGGAACGUAUGAAGACACAACUCGCUGGCUUCGUUGCACAUCUGCCGUCUCACAGAGCAGUGACGAAUGCUUCCUACAGUCGUGGAUAUAUGCUGACUCCCCAAUCGAUGGACAACCAAUAACUGGGCGCAUUGCUGGCAUCUUCGCGCGUGGUAUGCCGAACGCCGAGGAAGCAAUUGCUGUCCUUGACGUAUACCAUGUCUCGUCUCAGCGUCAUGAUGUCUAUGGCAUGCCUGUCCUAAUCCGGCGGCAAGGAGAGGCUCAAUCGGUGAUUGUACUCGUCAAGAACCUCAAGUUCAAGUACAACGUUCAGCACGACUGCGCAAAUGGGAGAUGUUCUCCCAGUGGCGCACGGCCGCGUAUGCAAGAACGACGGGCCACAACAAUCAUGGAAGACUUCAUUGAACACGGUGAACUCGAUCAUUGGAUCAUCAACACCCUCAGCUUCCAUAAUGCGCACUUGAUACGGGACAUGUUACCGCGCUCGCUCUGGGCGCCCAUUGCACUCCACGAAGACCGAGAGGUCAAGCAUAUCGAAUUUGCGACAGCCUUACGAGAGCAACGACACACGAAACGCGCAGCGCAGAAAGCGAAGGCUGAAGCGAAGAAAGCAGCAAACCAAGCCGAGCGUGAUAAUGGGAUGGCAAACGGCGAGCCGAGUCGUCCGAGAAAACGCAAGCGACAGUCCGGGGUUGAUAUAGGAAUGGACAUAGAUACUUGACUGAUAUCACUACGCUUACGUGCAUGUAGUCUACACCGGGAUUCAAUGAUAACCUGCAAGGUGUUUGCGUC